GUUGCAGAAACUGACGUAUGCUUCACGGCACCCUCAAGUGAGCAGAUUCAACUCCACGAGCUUUUAAAGCUCCUGACAAGUUAGAAAGUUUAAGCGUUCCAGAGGAAAUUACUCCCCUGGCUUUGGUUGAUGGGAUGGGCAAUUUAGGCAGUGUUGUAAGGAAGUGUCACCACAUCAGAGAUGAGUAGCUGCAAGAAGCUGCAGUUGAAGGCUCCGCCUGCAGUGGCUGGGCUCAUCGCAAAGCCAGCUUCGAACGACAGGAAGCCUCUGUACAGCUGCAACUGGUACGUGUAGCAGUUGGGCCAGCAGCUGAGCAGCUGGGCUGAAGCUCGAGCCGCGUGCAAGCACGUACAGUGCUGCCGGAUACACACGAAAAGAUGUCCUAAUAUGGGUCAGCCUUGGCUCCUGGUAAGAGUGGCUGCUCUGCUGUUUAUCGUCACCGUUAGGUAUACCAUUGCCAUUUCCGAUAUAUUCGAAGAGGGCAAAUCUGACAAAGAAAUCUUGGACCAGCUCCUCUUAGCCACACGUUAUGACAAAAGACUGCUACCUCCCGUUAGAGGUCGGUAUGCGUUUUUGCCCAAAGAUGCGGACUUUUGUUGUGGGCUGCAGUCGCCUGAGGACGGUAACGGUAACGGUAACAGCACCGGUUACCGAAGGCAACCAGCUCCUCCUUCUCACAACGGCAUCAACGGCAAACAACGGGAAUCAUUGACUGUGAACGUGAGCGUACUGUUACUCAGCCUCGCAUCACCUGACGAAUCCAGUCUGAAAUACGAAGUGGAGUUUCUGUUGCAACAACAAUGGUAUGAUCCGCGUCUGAGGUACUCUAACCAGAGCCAGUACCCCUACUUAAACGCGAUCCACCACCACAGCGACAUCUGGCUGCCAGACACUUAUUUCAUCAUGCACGGAGACUUUAAGGAUCCUCUGAUUCCCGUUCACUUUUCUCUGAAGAUAUAUAGGAAUGGAAGUGUAACUUAUCUCAUGAGGAGGCAUCUUAUACUAUCCUGUCAGGGAAGUCUGAAUAUUUUUCCGUUUGAUGAUCCCAAGUGCACUUUUUCCAUGGAAAGCAUAUCGUAUGAGAUGACGUCGAUGCGAUAUGUAUGGAAAAAUGAUGAAGAUGUGCUCAGGAAAUCUCCUAGUCUUACAACGCUCAAUGCAUACUUGAUAGCAAAUGCCACGUUGCAGUGUCCUACUAAGUCUAUCUGGAGAGGCAAUUAUAGCUGCUUGAGGGUGGAACUGAUGUUCACCAGGGACCGAGCCUUUUACUUCACGACAGUAUUCAUCCCCGGUAUAAUAUUAGUAACGUCAUCAUUUAUCACGUUUUGGUUAGAAUGGAACGCAGUACCUGCCAGGGUUAUGAUAGGUGUAACAACAAUGCUGAAUUUCUUCACGACAUCAAACGGUUUCCGGUCCACGCUUCCUGUAGUGUCCAACCUGACAGCGAUGAACGUCUGGGACGGCGUCUGCAUGUGCUUCAUCUAUGCUAGUCUGCUGGAGUUCGUGUGCGUCAAUUACGUGGGAAGAAAAAGGCCACUGCACAAUGUUGUCUAUAGGCCGGGAGAGAAUCCUGUCACACAGUUCUCGGUGUUGCAGCGAUUGCCCGCUGUUCUGAGCAGGAUAGGUAUUAUUCUCGCCAGUCCGUUGGUAAGGCAGAAGAGUUUACCUUGGAAUAGAGGCACUACGGGGGACAAAAAACGAGAUUCAACAGUUCCAAACGAGAUCGUAUCGUGUACAAACUGUGGACCUAAUCCUUGUACGCAUACAACUAAUAAUGGCUGCGCAGCUGAGGCAUGCGUGUUGCAGGUGCGCAAGAAAGAGCCCCCGCAUCCCAUUCGAGUAGCGAAGACCAUUGACGUGAUAGCGCGGAUCACAUUUCCAACUGCAUACGCUGUGUUCUUGGUUUUCUUCUUCUACCACUACAAGAGCUUCACGAACGGCUCACAUGAUAAAGACGAUGACGAAGGGAAUGAUUAGGGAUGAUGUUUGGCUGGCAGAAGAGCAGGGACCAUUACAAUUAUUCUGACAGGUUGCGAAUGACUGUAAUGAAAUUUGAAUAAUUUAUGACACUGAUACUGGAAGAAAAUUAAAUUUGGUUUGAGUAUCGAACAUAGUGUUAUAUCGUGAAAUACAAAGUAAUAAUCUUUAAUUGCAGUUUAACAAUGGAGAGCAGAUAAGUGGAACUUAAUUGAACACUGCUCAAUGAAAUAGUGAAUAUUAGAAGAUAAAAAAGAUGAAACAGCUUCAGGAAUAUACAGUGAAGUGCGCGCCUUUAUUGUGGGCAACAUUUGAAUCUAGUUUUAUGAAAAUGUCAAGCACUACACCCACACACCAAAACACAAAAGUACAUAUCACAUAGUUGUAGCUCGGUAGUUUUUCAACGAUAUUAUAGAUUUAUAUGAGAGGUUGAUUGGUAGAGAAAUGCAAUCGCUCGAAUAAAAAGAAUUUAUUUGUGGAAAAAUUGCGCCAAGGAAGUACAUGUUGCCGUGAUAAGGAUUUCAAGAUGUUCAAUAAAAACGUUACAUGUACAUUCUUUAUGCUUUAGUUAACAUAUAUUAAAAUAUGUCUGUAGCAAGGGUUACUAGAAAACCCUAUGUCAUUUUCAUCAAAUGGAGCAGAUCCUUUCGAAAUCAGUCAAUUGGAUGUUAAAUAUGAGCAAAAAAAGAUGUUUACUUACACUGUUCCAACAUUUUCUCCUUUGGCGGCAUCCAAAACACCGUUUUAUUCAAGAAAACUAAUCUUGAAGCUUCUUAAUUGUCAAAACUGUCCAAGAGUAAAGUAAGUAAGUAAGUAAGAACAUCCAGCUAAAAUGCAAGACUAUAGGCUCAUUGCCAUUAACUGGAAAACUGUCCCAAAUGCAUGUGACAUUAUUCAACACAAAGCAGCUUUAGGAUUGUUGCUCGUGAGUUUUUAAUAAAAAUAUUUGGAGAUCGUUGAAUAUAUCGAGAACGACAUGAAUUGUGACUCGCAAUAUCUCAGGUCUUGAACGCUAUGGGUUAUUUCAUAUAAGCCAUCUAGGGUUAUUAGUUUACACAGUUCCAACAAAAAAUCGGAUAUUUCAGGAUGUAAUCCAAUAAGAAACGAUCUGUGCAGAUUUUAAACUAUUAGAGGAUUGAAACAAAGUAGUUUUUUUGAAUCGUCAAUGACUAAAACAGUCCUGGAGUAUUUUCUCAAUUCAAUUGUAUCGACAUCAAUGUUGGGCGUUUGGAUUUUUAUCUCUACCAAAUCAACGCCUGUCAUGAAAGUGCUGCGAAAACUUCGUUAAGUCAUUUUACACUAGAUCUAUUUAGAUAUUGAUAUUAAGUAUUUAGGAUUAUAGAUAAUUAUUUCAACUGUGGCACCUGUUGCUAUUUUAUUAUUAUAUAGAUAAAAUUAUUAAUAGUCUCGUUAAUAGUGAAAAAACGGUUCGCCAAACGUGGUAGCUAUGAGAGCAAUGUACAUAUUUUUAAUAUAAAUUAGGUAAUUCGUAAAUACAAAUGCAAGAAGCUUUAGAGUAUGUAAUAUAAACGAAUGUCUGAUAUUACAAUCACAAAUGUAUUUAAUUUAUUCCUGUAUGAUGUAUUUUAAUUUAUCGACAUUUUUUCAUUUGCAGAUAUAUCUUAUGUAAGGAAGUUCGUCAAUUUUGUACAAGCUACCUCACAAAUUUGUAUAUGUGUAGAUAUGAGUCUCGUUUCUCUUUAAUAGCAAACAUACGAUACUCGUAUAAAUAUUGUUUGUUACUGUUAGUUUAUUAAUGUGAGGUAUCUUGUAAAAUGUUUCCUGUAUGCCAGCUUAACAGUAAUUGUUCUCCUUAGAUCUAUUUAAUAUAUAUAUUUAUUCCAAUCAACUCCAAACUUGACAAACAUAGUUCAGGUGAACUUAAUUGGAACCAAACAAAAUUAAACAAAUGUUCCUAUGAAAUCACAGAUACUGAUCUCAUCCAAAUCCGACUGUAACUCGAGUUCAACCCUAUUUUGUCUUGUUUUGGGAUUAUGAAAAAGUCACUAACGGUGGUUUGCAUCGCUAUGGGUUAAAGGCGUAGGUUACUUAACUCGAAGGUACGGGUAACUCUAGGUUUGCACUAACUGCGUUUUGUGUUAUGUUAUUCUCUUCUAUGAUCGGUUGUAAGUUGUAUUAUAUUUGGAAUUAUGUUUGGAAUAUCAGUUUUUUAAAAUAUUGUUCACUGUGUUUAUCAACAAGGCUCAUCGUAAACCCUAUUUCACGAAUAUCCAUUACGAUUUGACGCCUACUGAGGUGAACAGCUGAUCAGCAAGUGACAUUUGAGUGUUAAUCAGCAACGUUGGCAAUAAUGAAUCGAGUGUGAAUAAAGUAAAAACGUAUAGCGUUUUGUUUUUUUUGUAUGACAAUGUACUUUUCUAAAUCAGCUGUUAGCAAGUAUGAAAUGAAUCUGUAGCAUAUAAAAAAUCAAAACAAAAUUCGGCUAUGAGUACCUGGCGUUAACGGAUCCGUUAGAAUUAUGUGUCCUGUGCUGAUAUGGGGAAUUUUGAAAUAUUACUAGAUAAUCAGCUGUCAUUCUACCAUGGUGGAUACUCGUGAAAUAGGGUAUACGUCACACAGAAUUGGCUACAAAGGUCUAGAAAACACCCUGGUAAUUUGGUAGCCUAUUUUUAAAUAUUGGACCUGAUCAUGAACGAAGAACGAUUAGGAUGACCUGAUUCUUCUGGAAUUGUUGAAGUUUGGUAUAUCCAAACGAAUUGACGAACGAGAAGAGUAUUCCCAGACAAUGGAUAGAUCCACGGGUACCGAAAAAAUACAGAUAUUGCCAUAUUCGGUGGAGGCACCACUCUUCUCCUCUCUCAUUGUUUUCAGUGUUCAUUCAAGUUCUAAAAUAUAUUACAUUAUUCAUUCAAAAGCCAUACAAAAUCAAACCUUUUAGCACUCGCGCAUACUGGCCAAACAUGCGCACCAGAAGACAAAGCAUCCAGUAGUCAACUCGUUAAGAUUCUAAAAUCAACGUUGGUCUUUCAAAAAUCCACCUAAAAUCUUAAUUAAACCCAUUAAUUCGAUACAGAACUCAUCUAAUCGCUAAGACAAGUGUAGUGACCUAAGGACAAGCUGCGAACAGAGAGGAACACCAAGGUAGAUGCCAAUCCUAAAGUGUCCUUGUGUGGCUCGGGUGUCGAUUUCUGGAUUACUUUUAAUUAUAUCUGAACCAGAACGCGCGAACAGUCUCGCGGCUUUCCACAAUUCAAAACUCUUCUUUGCAGGAACACUCAGUAAUGCUUUUAUAUUUCUGAAUAAUACUCAGCAAACGCUUGGUGAAGAUUGUAGUAGGAGAUCUCUUCAUGAUAGUAAAAAUUUCAACAACACAAAAAACACUCAAAGCGUUGAAUGUUAUAGCAUUUUAUUUUUUUCAGAUUGUUUAAUUUCUUUAGAUAACGUGAAUCGCAAAUGAAAACAAAACAACACAAAUGACAGUUACAAGAAAAUUAUAAAAAACAACCAAAGGAAACCUAGCGUUCUAUCAACAAAUGUCUUAUUCACUGAGCUUAACACCCAAUUGAGCCUUAUCUCAGAGGUGAUAAUGAUGGUGCAAAGACUAACUCGGAGUUACCUCUAACCGUCAUUUUAACCCAAACCGGAGCAAACUACCGUAUGUAUAUACUUAGUAGCAACAAUAUGAUUAUGAAUUGUUAUUCUUGAAAACCUUGACCGAAAAUAAAGCGUAUAAGUAAAGUAUUUCAGAAAGGAAAAUUUAGUCAUGUCAAUUAAUCAACCUAUGUAUGUGGCAUUUUUUUACUUCCAAUGCAUAAGAAAUAACGGCUUCUUGAGUCUGGUGAUCACUGGUACUCAAUUAACUUGUUACAUUUAAGCAACUUUUCGAGAAAAAAUCAUAGUCCAAAGCAAAAGAAGCCGGAUUCAGCUUCUGAAACCUAAGUAAUUUCGCUAUUUAACUUUUCUUACAAAUACCGAAAAAAAAUAUUUCUAAUGGCAAAUUGAAUAUCUUAAUCAACAGAAGCCCAAUUGUAACAGACUACGGGAAAUGCUGCCCAAAAUUUCACGCAAACACUUCAUCAACUGACACCAAUUAUUUCGCGAAAGUUUUGUUUGAUUCGCUAUUUUUGCAUAACUAAAAAGCAUGUUUUCGUUUUAUUUAUGCUAUGAUUUGUUAUUCAAGUUAGUGGCACUGAUCUGAAAUACCUAUACAAACAGGGUGUUCGGUACUUAAAUGGACAUACAGGUAGUAUUAUAUAAAAAGUUCUAUAUUCAAUUUUUACGAAUAUUUCAGGGUGAUUUAUCUAAGUACGCCAAAUCUUUAAUAUCACAUAAUAUCUCAGGCACCGUUGAACUGAUUUUGUUAGAAUUUUUCACGAGAAGAAAAUUACUUAGGAGUAUCGUAAAAUUUGCCGAACAUUUAAAAAGCCAAGGGUCGGACUUUUUUCGCUGUUUUGUUUUUUGUCAAAAUCAACACCUUUUCAGCUGAAUAUCAAAAUGUUGGGCUAUGUACCAGCAAAGCCAAUAAAUUAUGCUAGUUAUUGAGCAAAAUAUAUUGAUUGCGCCUAGUUUGUUUUUUUGUUUAAGUUUUUCUUUCCAAAUAUCUUAUGUUUAGCAAGUAACGUGACACAAAUCCCAAAAUGUCAAGAGUUAUCAACUUGCUUUGAUUAACAUAUUACAAAAUAUUGCUUAAAAUUGAAACAAAAAUAUUUAGAAACUCAAAAUUCUAGGAUGGACUUUAUUUUUUUCCCUUGUAUUUUAGUAAGUUCAAUGCCCUUUACGUUGUCAUUAUUUCACAAGAAACGCGACAGAUAUUAUAUGACUAAAAGGUAUACUAAAUGUUAUGUGCUUAUUUAGUAUGUUUCGCAAUUUUUGAAUUAUUUAAUUCUACUAACUGAUGUUAUAUAACAACAUAUGUCCUGCUUUAGAAGGAAACGACAGUACGCAAAUGCACUGAAUUUGACUCUCCAGAAUUCAAGAUUAUGAUGAGAAGGCAUAAAAAUCUAAAUAUCUAGUCCUGGACUCAGCUUUUUCAGCAUAUUUACGUGUACGUUUCCUUACCAGAACCCUACGCUGGAUUUAGUUACAUAAUGUACAUCACAGAACUGAAUGUCAAUCGGGAUCUGCAUACUACAUGCUUGUGGAUUUUUAACUUAAUCUUGGUCUGGGAUGUAAAAUUUAGGGAAUUUGCAUAUUAUUAAAUGCCGUUUUCCUUUUAAGCAGAACACAGUUAGUUGUACAAUAUGAAUUAGUGCAAUUGAUUCUUACAAAAAAAUCCAAAAAGCUAAGAAGGAUAAUAAAAUUAGGUUUCGCUUUUAUUUAUCUCGUGUAUUACUUUGUUCACGAAAUAAUAAAUACAGAUUAUAACGUACAAGGCGUUGCAUUUAAUAAAAUACAACGAAAUAAACUACUAAUUCCAACCCUGGAAUAUUGAAUCCCCAAGACACCUUUGGUGCAAGUUUAAGUUUUAUUUUGUAAAAUUUUAAUGAAAUCAAGUUAUUGACAAUUGAAACUGUUAAAUAUAAGAUAUUUGAAUAAAUACAAAUGUUUAACUAAAAAACUAGAAGAGGCGCAAUCAACCUAUUCAACCUGAAUAGCAACACUCAUUGCCUUUUUCGUACAUUGUCAAAUAAUUCAAUAAUCUGAUUAAAGGUGUUGAUUUUGAUAAAAAAACUAAAUAGUGAAAAAAACGAAUCCGGCCAUGGAUUUUUCAACCGUCCGUCUAGUUUAAUGUUACUACUCGGUGACUUUGUUAUUGUACAAAAUUCCAUUUAAAUCAUCCGUGAAAACUGAAUUUAUGACUUUUUAUUAUCACAAGAGGAAAGGUGUCGGUCAAUACUCCCUAAGAUUUUACUUUACAGGAACACCCGGUAUAAGUAGAUGACGACGUGCAAUAUUACGAAAAAUGGAGAAUGAGUCUGCUUAAUUGACUAUUCUUGGUGUUGGUCAAUUUUAAUAUACUCCCAUCAUAUUUCAAAAACAGAGUACAGACCUUCAGGAAAGAAGCGAAUAUUAUGUUACAUAUUGCAGAGCAUUAAUUGAAAGAUGCGUAAAGCGAUAUAUCCUGUAUUACUGAAUGAAAUGUUGUAUAUUGUGAAAUCACCAGAUAAAAUUAAGUCAGUAUAGAAAUUGGGUACUUUCCAGAAAACGUAUUUUGUCUAACUAUUAUUGGAUGAAUAAGCUUGUAAUUCUUGUCAUUGAUUAGUUCUUUUUUAAGUUUCGAGUAACUUAUAUGUCAUCGUGUUCGAAUUCUCACAGCUUUAAGAGCAUUCUCUUAUAUUAUAAAAGGAUCAUAAUCAACAGUUUAUUAUAUAGGUAUAAGCUUUAAUCGUGCUAAGAUUUGGAUGUAUAAAUUUUGGAGGAUGAGUCGGUAUUACUAUUUCGCCCUAGUGAAUCGAAUCCACUGCAAAAUCCCAUACAGUGCCUCUAAGAAGAAAUGGAGUUGAAAUACAUUAGGAAUAUAAAGCCACCUUGUUAAGAUCAAAAAGUGCAUUAUUUUGAAAUCUCCCAUGAAGCUAGGGAAAAAUAAGAGACCCUUCUGUUGAUUGUUGUUUUCGUUUGUCCCUAAUACGUUACUAACUCCAAUUUCCUAAAUCACGUAUCAUAAUUUAUGACCUAUUAAUUAUUUACGUAAUAGGGACAGCCUAAGUUGCAAGACCCUUGAGUAUAGUGUAUAUAUACAUUAUUAUUUUUAUACUAUUUUCUGUUAAGAAUGGUGUCAUAAUAAAUACCGACUCAAUCAUAACAUUGUAUAAAUCAUAUUUUGUUAUACUUAAUAUGCCUCAGCACUUGCCGACCAAAAAUUUGAAAAAUGUGCCAUUAAAAUGUAUACUUAAACGUAUACGUAUGCCUUCACUUACUGCUUUAUACAAUAUGAUCUAACCAAAAUGCUAAUAUUAUAGUCUAUGAGCUCAUGUAAUUGGGAAUGGCGGCUGAAGUCAAUAUUAUACGGGUAACUAAGAAAAGUGGCCUUAGUAAGCUUCGCAUUUCAGAAUAUUUCUGGAGAUGAAAAAAAAAGGCUCAAUAACGCUUCUAUUUUUUCUGACUUUAUUUGAGGUGGAAUUUCAAAAUAAAUUCCACAUUAAAAAUGCCACUUUUUCUCCUCUACAAAGUGGUAUCAUUGAAACUUCAAUAUGACGUUAUCUUGUCCUCAACCAUCAACUUUAUUUGGUCUUAUGUGCGCCAUAUUGUUUUUUGCAUACAUUGGUUGAGUUUUGUACUCUGACACAAUAUGUC